AUGUCUGUUCCUCCGAGAUCCGAGUAUCUGAGCCAUGUCUGGGCAAAGGAUAUUUUUGCCAAUCGUGUCCUGUUCAUCACCGGUGGCGCUGGCACCAUCGGCAGUGCCCAGACCCGAGCCAUGGUUCACCUGGGUGCCGAUGCCUGUAUCGUGGGUCGUAGCGUUGAGAAAACUGAGGCUGCUGCCCGUGAGAUUGCCAAAGUCCGUCCCGGAGCCCGCGUCCUUGGCCUGGGUGGUGUUGAUGUUCGGAAUUUCGAAUCCGUCAAGGCGGCAGCUGAACGCUGUGUCAAGGAACUGGGAGCCAUCGACUAUGUGGUCGCUGGCGCAGCAGGCAACUUCAUUGCCCCCCUUUCUGGAAUGAGCCCGAACGCGUUCAAGACCGUGAUCGACAUCGACACCUUGGGCACAUUUAACACCUUUAAGGCAACCAUCCCCUACCUCGUCGAGUCCGCCAAACGCAACCCGAACCCGAACCCAAGUGGCUCGACCGGCGGCCGGUUCAUCUCUGUCUCCGCAACCUUCCACUACACCGGCAUGCCCCUCCAAGCGCACGUCGCGGCCGCCAAAGCCGCCAUUGACUCGCUGAUGGGCAGCGUUGCACUAGAAUAUGGCCCGUUCGGCGUGACGGCAAACAGCAUCGCGCCGGGCGCGAUCGAGGGCACCGAGGGCAUGGAGCGGCUGGCCAGCAGCAAGGUCAGCAAGCGCGACCGCACGAAGGGUGUCCCCUUGGGCCGGUGGGGCACCGUGCGCGACAUUGCGGACGCGACAGUAUUCUUGUUUAGCGAUGCGGGCAGCUAUGUGAACGGAACGACGCUGAUUGUGGAUGGUGCCGGCUGGCGCCGGCAGGGUGGCUCGCUAGGCGUUGGGCUUGAUCCAGGCAUGGAGUACCCUGAGUUCUUGCUCCAAGGGACGUUUAGCAAGUUUGUGAAGGAUGGAAGGAAGAAGGAUAAGGUGAAGCUUUGA